AGCCAAUCGGAAGCGAGGUGCGCCCGCGCUGGAGCGCUGGAGCCCGAGGAUCCGCGCAUCACUGGCUCGUCCCAGCACCUCACUGGCUGGCGUGGAGCGCCCGCUGCGCCGCCGCCGCCUGUCGGCGCCCGCAGCAGUCGCGGCGUGGCUGCCGCGGCGCCACUGCGUUCACAAGCGCUCGCAACUCUCUCCUCGCCCCGAACUUGGUCCGCCCACCGAGGCUCACCCUCUCUCGCCGCCCCGCAGAAAUAUGAAGGGUGCCGUCUUCUUCUGCCUGCUUGGCUCCGCCGCCGCUUUCGCGCCUGCGGCCAUGCGCCCGGCGGUGAUGCGGCCGACGAUGGCGGCGCCGGUGCAGAUGUCGCUGGACCCUGUCACGGCCGCCGACUCGGCGUCGCACGCGACGCAGCUGCUCGCCCUUGCGCUGCCCAUCCCCCAGUUCAACCCGGCGAAGGCGCGCGCCUCGCACAGCCGCCACGCGCGCCAUCUUCCUGUCGAUGGACGCUCUGCUCGGUCCUGAUUCCUCUCCCCAAACACACCUCUUCUCUGCCCCGAACCGCGGGAGAGGCAAGCCGCCCCCCCCCCCGCCCCC